CGCAACCUCCUACCUUCUCUUAUCCACAAGAGGCGAACGAAUCCAACUCGCACUCGCAACAAGAGAAGAAGAACACCGAUAUCAAACAACAGCGAUAUCAAUAAUACACAAUGGUCGACGAAACCUCUUUCCCCCGUGGCAGCAGCCACUCGGCCAAGAAGAUCGAGCCCGCAGAGACCACCAGCAAAGAGCUGCUCCGCCCCAGCCAGAAACGAAAAGCUUCCGGCGAAAAGGCGGGCGCUUCGCAAGCAGCGCCGACGGCCUCGAGCAUCGAAAAGGACUUUUUGUUCGGAAGCAAAAAGACAAAGGAGGGAAAAUCCUCCUCGUCGUCCAAGCGCCGCAAAACAGACGAUGCUCCCGUGGCCAACAAACACUCCCUUCUGCCCCUGGGAGGCGGAGGCGUCGUGGUGUCGACGAGAAAGCACAAAAAGGAAAACAGCGGCACGACCACCGUGUCCACCACCACCCACAUCGAGGCCCUGGGGUUCUCGAAGAUGGCCAAGGGCACCAAGGUCCUCGCCUGCGUCCGGGAAGUCCAGGAACACUACGCCAUUGUCAGCCUGCCCAACCUCCUGACGGCCUACAUCCUCCCCCAGGGCAAGCCCGGCCAGACCCCGAAAUACCCGCUGGCCAACACGCUGCGGGUCGGACAGACGAUCGCCGUGGUCGUGACGAAAAUCGCCGUGGAACCCGUCAAGGGGGGCAAGCCCCGCCGCCGGAUCCAGGUGUCGGCCCUGCCCCAGGCCGUCAACCCGCGCCUGCUGCUGGCGGGGGAGAUCGGCGGCAACACCGGGAGCGACCUGACGAGCGCCGCAAACCGCCUGGCGCGGGCGAUGGUGCCGAUACGGGGACAGAUCCUCUCGGUCGAGGACCACGGGUGCGUCGUCGAGCUGGGGUUCGGAAAACGCGGCUUUCUCUCCUUCGAUCAGGUCGGCAGCAGCGGAAAACACAAGGACAACAACUAUGUCAUACUAGAGGAAGACGAAGAAUACGAAGACGAGGAAGACGACGAUGUUUCGAAGCGCCCGAUCAUUUUGCAGCAAGGGCGAAUCUACGACUUUAUGGUGCUGCCAAUAAAUACCGCCUCGGACAAGGAACAAUCCGCUACCACCGUCUUCCCCCUGUCGCUGCAAACCACGCAGCGCAUGGCCAAGCAAACGGUAUCGAGCCUCACGAGCAAUGCUUCUGGCAAACACGGCAAGGGGGGGAGCAAAAAAACAACCACCGUCCCGUUUUCCUUUUCGUCCCUGACUCCCGGCUGGCUAGUCCAGGUGAAGGUCGAAGCGAUCGCCAACAACGGUCUCUGCGUGUCUCUCUUUGGGAACGUCUUUCGGGGUGCCAUGGAGAUGAACCACCUGGGAGCGACGCUGAUUCCAAACGCGAAGGACGGGGCGGCCGCCGGUGGCCCGGACGGUGGUUUCCAGCGACUCGCCGACGGCCUCUUCCAGAACCACCAGCACUUCACCGCCCGCAUCCUGGCCGUCGACGUGCCCACGAAACUGAUCCGUCUCUCCAUGGCGCCGCACAUCUUGACGCUCGCGCAGCCCAGCGAGCCCAAGAAUCCCCUCCGGGCCUUCCCCACCACCGGAUCCAUUGUUCGGGGCUGUACCGUUGUGAAACUGGAUCCCGGCAUCGGGGCGCUCCUGGCACUGCCCUCCGAACACAACAUUGCAGAAGACUCGCUGCUGCCCAAGAGCAUGGCAAAGUCGUGCGACCUCUUUCAGAAUUCUGCCUUUGAGGAAACGAGCCACAUCCGAAAGGUAUACGUGCACAUUUCCAAGGCACUGGACGAGAGCGAGGAGGCCGAGACAGACAACGACGGGUCUGUCAAGGGAAAGUUCCUCAAGGAAUUUGCACCCUCCACCCAACACGACGUUCGCAUUCUGAGUACCGGUCACUGGUUGGAAGGAAUCGCGACCGGUGGAUGCGCCCCCUCCAUCCUGAAGGCGCACGUUCUUACCCAUGCCGAUCUGGUUCCCGGAAAAGUUUACAAACAGGUGCCCAUCUGUAGUCACUUGCAAGGUGGAAGCAUCCUGGUGCAGCUGGGAGGAGGAAGCAGCAGAUCAAGCAAGGGAAAGAAAAAGAAGAGCCCGUCGUCCUCGCACCAGGUCUCGGGACUCAUUCCUCCCGCUCAAUUGUUUGACGUAGUGUCGAAGAAUUCUUCGGAAUACAGGCAAAAGAUUUUCAAAACAAAAUACGCCGUCGAUGCCAAGGUCGACGUGAGGGUUUUGUGGGUGGAUCCCAUCCGGAAAAAGUGUCUGGUCACUGCAAAGAAGACGAUUGUCCAAGCGAGUCAGGAACAGAUCAUUACCGAUUAUUCGGAUGCCAAGGUCGGUCAGAUCGCCGUAGGAUUCGUAUCUAGGGUAGACGACCAGGGCCUCAGCAUCACCUUUUGCAACAAGGUUUACGGAAAAGUCACGGCGCGGUCUUUGGCAGCGGAUUUAGGAGUGGAAGAUCACAGAGAGACGUAUAGCGUCGGCGAUGUUGUCACGACCCGAAUCGUCAAGGUGAAGAAAGUUACUCGAAAGCAAUCAUUCGAAGAAGACGACGAAGAUAGUGAAAUGGAUGGAGACGACGAUGUUGAAAUGCAGUCCUCUGGCGGUCGCGAACACUUUGAAUUGGUUCUUAGUCUCAAGGUUCACGGCGGUGAUGACGACGACGAUGCAAUGAAUGAGGACGAAGUCGACAUUCACAAUCCCCAGCAAGUACGCCUGAGAGCCGGUGCUAUCCUUCCAGGUAAAUCAAUGAAGAUUGUCGAGCUCGUCAACGGCAAGCCGAAGAAAUCUGGUGGUUAUGUACCCGGAUACGCAAUCGUUAGUAUCAAAUCGAAACAUUUGGUGGACGGAAAAUCCCUUGGCAAGGCCAAGAUGCUAUCCAACAUCGAGUGCAAACUACCCUACAACAACCUGGCAGAUAGUUUUGAACCUGUCGAUAUCCUGAACGUAGAAAACCUAGAUGCUCUUGCCAAGCGUGUGUUAACCGUCGGAAAGAAAAUCAAACAGCAAGGCUUGGUGUUAGUGGAUCCCCAAAAGUCAAAUGUUGACUAUGCUAGUGGAAUCGGAUCGAUGCCGGUGGUGUCUCUCCGAAAGAAGCUCAUCGAAACGAUUGAAAAUCAAUCGAAUGCGAAGGGAGCAGAUCCCGAAAAGGUUCCAAUAGUUCCAUCGCCUAGCACACGUUUGUUCGUUGGUGCCUAUCUUCUCGGUUUCGUGGCCCAGGUUGACACGCGCCACGGUGCCUUUGUGCGAUUUCUGGACGGCAUGACGGGUUUGGUGCCGAAAAAGAGUGGCGGCUUGCAGCUCCAUCUUUACGAUACCCUGGUCACCAAGAUUGCGGUCAUCGAUGACUCCGUCGUUCCCCACCGUAUCAUGCUCGAAACCGUUUCGGGAUCAGACCAUAUUGCUUCCAUUGACACUAAGAAGAUAAAUACAUCCUUCAAGGUCGGUGAUAAGAUUUCCAAGGCAAAGCUGACGAACAUUCAUUUCCUAGAAGCAUCCCUAAGAACGGGUCCUAAUAAAGAGAGUGUUUACCUGCAUUGUUCGGAUAAAGAUUCCAAGCUUUCUGUCAUCAAAGAACGCAAAAAGCCCCUUCGCAAACAGUCUCCUGAUGUUACCAAAAACCACCCUUUCUACAAUCUCAAAGCCGGUAAAGAGCUACAAGAUUUGACCGUCCUUUCUAUUCAAACCUCAGGAAACAAAGUCAAAGUGUGGGUUACAGAUAAGAAGAUUGAUUCGGAAAAGUCCGACGCACCUCUUUUUAUCGAAAAAGCUUCUGAUCUCAGUCAAGGAAUGAAAAUUACGGGUAUCGUCACAGCAUUUGCCAAAGACAAUAACGGCAUCUUCGUCCAAAUAAGUCCAAAACUUCGGGGAUUUGUUUCUGGUCUGGAGCUUUCGCGCGACACAAAUGUGUUGAACGACUUAGAGUCACAUGUUCCCUUGGGAGCAGCGAUCGAGUGCCGUGUGAUCAAAGUGCAAAGCAAGGGCGCUUCCAAAGAUCCAUUUAUCAUGUUGUCAGUAUUGGCUUGCGAAACAAAAUCUGCCCAAAUUCCGAAGCCUGUUGCCGGAGAUCUUGUGAUUGGAAGGAUCAAUAAGGAUAUGAAGUCCGUUCUUGCUCCUUCCUUAAUGCUGAAUUUGCGUGGAGCCGUUGGUCGAUGCUGCAUUACCGAACUGGAAGAACCAGAUGAAUGGGUGAACAUGCCAUUGGGACAACCGAAGAAAGAAAAAAGUGAUGACGAUGAUGCCAUGGACGAGGGAGAUGGCGAUGGCGAGAAUACUGAAGUCGAAGAGUAAGUGCAAUUAUUUGGGAAUACGAUGUUGUGACAAGUGCACCUGCGGAACGGUUAUAUACACAUUCGUGAAUCAACUGUGAAGCGUAGUUCCUCGGAACUACUGAACGGCGCAAAUAUUAUUAUUGGUUGUUGGUGUGGAGAUGCUAGUCUAAACCUAAGACCAGUCGCGAUGAACUACCUCCUACAUUCAUUUUACCCGCAGAAUUUGUCUAACAUUCUGCUUUUUCUUUACCUUUUUCUUGAUCGAAUGGUACAGUGAUUACGUCAACAAGGAGUAUGUUGAAUGCAGAGUUCUUGGUAAAGACUCGAGCGGAAAACACGUAGACGUAAGUUUGCGUUCCAGUCGAAUCAGUGGAGACCUCGAAGAUGACCCCGCACCGACCACGGGAGAUGUAGUCCAGGGAUAUGUGUUACAAACGACAAACAAAGGGUGCUUUGUUCGCAUCUCAAGAACUGCUGAAGGUAGAUCGACACUCAGAGAACUAUGCGAUGGUUACAUUGCGAAUCCUACUGCGUCUUUCCCGAUGGGGCGGCUUGUCGUUGGGAAGAUCAAAGAGACUCGACCCGUAUCCAAAAAAGGAAGACACUCCAAGGAUUCCGUAAAGAUUCAAGCCGAUUUGGACAUGAGAGAAUCAGUCCUUCUGGAGGAGGCAGAAAAUCUUUUGUCUUACGAAGACAUCGAGGAAGGAAAGAAGUACAAGGGAACUGUACAAACCGUCACUAACUACGGUGUUUUUGUUCGAAUCGAACGAAGCAACAUGGACGGGCUGGUGCACUUGAGCGAAUGCAGUGACAAGUUCGUGAAAGAUCUGGAAGCUCUCUACAGUCCUGGGGAUCUUGUCAAGGUUCUCGUGGUCAAGAAGGACGACGAGGCGAAGAGAUUGGGACUAAGCAUGAAGGCCAGUCACUUCGAGGACGACUCCGAUACCGACGACUCGUCGGUCGAUAGCGAUAUCGAAAUGCAAGACAGCGACGACGAAAGUGACGACAUGGAAAAUGUUCGAGAACUACAAGAUUCCGACGAUGGUUCGGAUUCCGACGACGAAAAUUACGCCGCGAAGCUCGCUGCCAAAAUGAAUGACGAGGACGACGAUGGCAGCGACGACGACGGCUCGGGCUCCGAAGAUGACUCCGAAGACGAAGGCGAUGGCAGCGACGACUCGUCCUCCGACGACGAGAGCGACGACGACGAAAAGGAUGUCCUCGAUACCAACGUCGGCUUCAGCUGGGGCGCGGCCGCCCUCGGAAGCAACUCUUCCGGAGCCGGGGCGAAGGAAGGCGAUUCCUCGGACGACAGCGAUUCCGAUUCGGACAGCGACGACGACGAGGGCGAAUUCGGAAACGAAAAGUCGAAUUCCCGCAGGUCCCGAAAGCGCCAGGCCAAGAAGCGCCUCGAGGAGCAGGAGACCUCCCGCCGCGAAACCGCCCUCGCAGACGGUACCGCCGACAGCAACCCCGAGACGGCCGGCGACUUUGAGCGCCUGCUGAGCGGGGAACCGAACAACUCGGAGCUGUGGAUCCGCUACAUGGCCUUCCAUCUCUCCCUCGCGGACGUGCCGGCUGCCCGGAAGGUGGCCGAAACCGCCCUGGAGCGCAUCGAGUUCCGGGAGGAGAAGGAAAAACUCAACGUGUGGUCCGCCCUGCUCACGCUGGAGCACAAGUUUGGCAACGACGAGACCUUCCAGGGCGUCAUCGAUCGGGCCUGCCAGCAGAACAACCCGAAACAGGUGUACAUGAGGGCCUGCGAAAUCCUGGCCAACGACGCCGAGCAGUCCUCCAACGACCCCGUUUCCGUCAAGAAGGCGGACGCUUUGUUUGCAACCAUGUGCAAGAAGCACAAGUCCAAGAAGACGGUGUGGCUGGCCCACAUGCGUUACCUGCUGAAGCAGUCGCGCGACAAGGACGCCCACGCCCUGAUGAAACGAGCGAUGAUGAGCCUCGGGAGCCACAAGCACGCGGAGACAAUGAGCAGGUUUGCCCAGAUGGAGUUCGAGCUCGGAAGCCCCGAGCGCGGGAGAACCAUUUUCGAUGGUCUCUUGCUGAAAUACGCCAAGCGAUUGGAUCUGUUCUUUGUCUACCUGGACAAGGAAUGCAAGUUUGGAAACCUCGAGCACGCCCGGUCCAUGCUGGAGCGCAAGGUGGAGGAGCGCAAACUGUCCGAUCGCCAGAUGAAGAGCCUCUUCAAGAAAUGGUACCGAAUGGAAGAAGAACACGGUACCGAGGAGACCCAGGAACACGUGAAGGAAUCGGCCCGUGCCUAUGUUACGACGUCCACCAAAUAAGAAUAGAAGUCUAAAGCUAUG